AGUUUGGCUUUCAGGUUUUGUUUUUUUUGCGUGCUGCGUCGCCAUUUGGAAGCGACAGGGCACAAUCAAAGUAACUGGGCGCAUUCAUGGUAGCACUGUUGUUGGUUUGCGUCACCAGAUGUCGGAUGUCCUUGACUUUCUUUUGCUGUUGUUGACGUAGGUUGGCGAGCAUGUGGUUUCGCUAUGCUGUGUUGGCAGCCAUAUUACGGAUCUCGCUCCAAUGUGCCAAUAUGCCUGGCAACAGCCCGUGUGGCAUGGCAGUCAUUAAGGCCAUGACCCAUGACUUUGUAUUGCAUCCAGACCAAUUCGUGGGCUUGACCAUUCAAUCCAGCUACACCGAUUUCCAGGCAUAUUUCCACAAUGCGCAGAUGCACACGUGCCCCCGGCCCUGUCUUCCAAUGGAGCAAGCUUGUGUUCCCUACAGUCCAAGCUUUCCAGGCAUGUCUCAAAUUAACGCCCUGCGCCUCCAGAGGGUGGACCACCCAGACUGGUACCCAGAGCUGUCAUCCAAAUCAACAGAUCAAGACUUUGCAAAAGUACUAUACCAGCGUGGCACACCAGGUGUUCCUCGUGUUUGUGAGGCAGAUGAGGCGGCAGGACACUUUGUUGACAUGGAAGAGGCCAUGUCGCAGGAAGCGCAAUUGGAGAAAGAUAAAGUGCAGUCAGCUCUGGAGGAAGUAAUGGCAGCACAACAACGGGAGCAUGUUCGAAGCGCCAUCAAAGGAGUGUCAGUUGUUUCCUCAGCUGGUGGUGACGGCGAUGGGUGGAUUGAAGACGGGAGCGCUGCUGAGGAGGAUGGCUCUGAACAGCUUCCAGAUGAAGUGGAUGCCGCAGCGGCUGAGGAGAGUUCGUGGGUGGAUGACCCCAGCCAGGACGAGGUGGUUUCAGUUCCAGAGCUUCCAGAAGCCAAGGCUGUCAUGACUGGAGAUGGCAAGGAUGUCAAGGUUGAUGUGAGCAAGGACAAGGAUGAAGCCAGCAAAGAAGAGAGAAAACCUGAGGAGGAGCCUGCAGAAGCAAAACCAGAACAUUCAGAGGAGCGCACGGAAGCAGAGCCGGAGGCUCAUGCCAGCAAGAACAAGGGCAGCGCAGAGAGCACACCGAAGGAAUCUUCAGAAGAAAAGCCAACGGAGGCUGAUGUCAACAAGGACAAAAUAGAAGAAGCCAGCGAAGAAGAUAGCAAACCAGAGGAGCCGGCAGAAGCAAAGCCAGAGCAUGCAGAGGCUGAUGUCAACAAGGGCAAGAUAGAAGAAGCCAGCGAAGAAGAGAGCAAGCCAGAGGAGCCGGCAGAAGCAAAACCAGAGCAUGCAGAGGCAGAUGUCAACAAGGGCAAGAUAGAAGAAGCCAGCGAAGAAGAGAGCAAGCCAGAGGAGCCGGCAGAAGCAAAACCAGAGCAUAGAGAGGCUGAUGUCAGCAAGGACAAGGUAGAAGCUAGCGAAGAAGAGAGAAAGCCAGAGGAACCCACAGAAGCAAAACCAGAGCAUACAGAGGCUGCCAGCAAGGACAAGGCAGGAGCCAGCAAAGGAGAGAGCAAACCAGAGGAGCCCACAGAAGCACUUCCAGAGCAGACCGAGGCUGACGUCGAAGACAGGUCCGAAAGCAAACCUAAGCAUUCCGAGGAAAAGAUUGAUACCGAGUCCUUGCAGGGUGCUGGUACCGAGUCCGAGGAUGGCUUGGAAUGGUCAGACACCGUGCCCGGAGAUGCUGAAAGUGGGCAGGGCGAUGGUGGAUGGCAAACAUCCUGGUCUGAUGACGCAAGCGAGGAGGAGCUGCCGCAUGAGUCCUGGGAUUCUAACACCGAAGAUGGCGGCAACGGCUUUGAGGAGCCUGUCAGCCAUGGGCACCCUGAUUGGCAGGAGUUUCAUCAUCAAGAGCCUCAAGCUAUCGAUGGGCAUCAUGAAACGUGGACAGUGCACCAUGUAUGGGAGGAUGGAAGCCAGGAGGGAGAUGAUGAAGGAACAUGGUCCGAGUCAGACGAAGGAGGUGAAGUUGAAGGAGAUGACUCAAUGGAUCUGGGAAGUGAUGGCAUUGGAGAUGAUUUCCAGGAGGUUGAGCGACCAGACACAGGCGGCUUCGAAUUUGACUCCACUCCAUAUGAUGACCGUGUUAUGGCAUCGCAAGCUUGCUUUCACACUGGUCGUAGCUUCUCACUGUUGGAUGCUCCAGAACAUACUCCCUCAAGUGUCAAAGACCGCACUGCUUGCAAGGCGCAGUGUGCAAAAGUGCACACAGCUGCUCAUUUUGUUUUCCACGAGCCGACGAAGCUGUGCCAUUGUCCGCCCAAAGGGGUGAUCAAGACGGAGGUGGGCCCAGAGUUCAUUGGCGGAGAUGUGGGUUGUAGCGGCUCCAACAUCAUGAAGAAGAACAGUAUGGACCUUCCCAAGCUGGGUGGAGGCUUUGGGACCACUGGUGUGGCCAGUGGCUUGAUGGUCCUGGUCAGCUGCGGCAUCCUUGGAGCUGUCGUCGCCCUGGCCCUUCGGCGUGGGCAUGGGAGCGUUGGAAAGACCAGGUUAGCCGCUUCAGGCCCUGACUCACGGCCUUUGGUGUGUGAAGAGAACGAAGAGGAAACCUGCGAUGUAUAAAGCAAGAUGCCUGAGCGAGAUGUCGUUCCGAAUCCACUCCGCGCUGGAAGAAUCAGCAGGCACCUUGACCUG